AAAUAUCUGUCUUUUUGACAGAUUGUUGCAUGGAAUAUGAAUGAAUUUCUGUCGAAGUCGGCGUAAAAUUCGAUUUUUCGAAUUACCUAUUUUUUUAACUGGUGUAAAUAUUAGAAAACGUAGCUUCGUGUUAUAUUUAUAAAAAGUGUUCAUCAGAAAUGCAUUCGUGUCGACAGUUAUUGUAUAGUUCAGCGCGGUGGAAAUGUGCAAUACCAUUUAACAUCAAAAGUACCAUUUUAACAAAAUCAGAUCAGUUAACAUUACAUGAAUGCCGACACUACUCGGCGCGGAAAGGGUUCUUUUCGUCCAUCAUCGAAAAUAUAAAGGAGGACAUUGCCAAGAACAAGGAAAUGAAGGAGAACAUAAAAAAGUUCAGAGAAGAAGCCCAGAAGCUGGAAAACUCAGAGGCUUUACAGGCUGCCAGAAAAAAGUUUCAUGCAGUAGAGUCGGAAGCGUCCAAGAGUUCCGAAGUGCUGAAGGAGACCAUAGAAGGCAUUAAGGGCAAGAUGGAGCAUGUGCUGGAGGAAGCCAGCAAGUCGGAGAUUGCCAAAAAAGCAGGAAAGAUAUCGGAAGAUAUCUCGAAGACUGCAAAAGGCGCCGCGGAGAGCAUAGCCGACAAGAGUCAGAAACUAGGACAAACGUCAGCUUUUAAAACUAUAUCUCAGGCGACAGCGGUGGUGAAGGACGAGAUGGCGCCGCGCGGUCUGGAAGGCCGAGUGUACACCGCGCCCAGCGAACUGCGCAAGCGCGUACAGAUAGCAUCAGAAGAUCGAACGUUCGCGCCGGACACAGAGACAGUGGGAGUAGAACUGCAUCGUGACUCCAAGUUCUACCAGCAGUGGGAGGACUUCAAGAACAACAACCAGUAUGUCAACAAAGUAUUAGAUUGGAAGAUAAGGUACGAAGAAUCCGACAAUCCUGUGGUGAAAGCGUCGCGCUUCGUCACCGAGAAGAUGGCCAACUUGUUCGGCAACAUCUUCGAGAAGACCGAGCUCUCCAAAACGCUCACCGAAAUCUGCAAAGUCGACCCCAACUUCUCUUCGCAGAAGUUCCUCGAAGACUGUGCCAACGACAUCAUACCGAACAUUCUAGAAGCGAUGGUCCGCGGUGACCUCGAUAUACUCAAAGAUUGGUGCUACGAAGGCGUUUUCAACAUUCUUGCCACACCGAUCAAACAGUGCAAGCAGUUAGGUUAUCAUCUAGAUUCCAAAAUCUUGGACAUCGAGCAAAUCGAGCUAGUCAUGGGCAAAAUGAUGGACCAAGGACCAGUUUUAGUCAUCACAUUCCAGUCUCAGCAGAUCAUGUGUGUCCGGGACUCAAAAAACAGGGUCAUCGAAGGUGACCCGGAUAAGGUGAUGAGGGUUAAUUAUGUGUGGGUUCUGUGUAGGGAUCCCCAGGAAUUGAAUCCGAAGGCCGCGUGGAGACUGUUGGAACUAUCAGCCAAUAGCGUAGAACAGUUAAUUUAGGUGUAGUUGUAUUACUUAGUUGAAUUAAAUCGUUGACAUUUUGUUAUGGUUUCAGUAGACUGGAUCCCACCCGAUAUCCUGUGGCAGGCUUUCGGUUGUGGCGCGGUCGUUGUGGAAAUAUCGACUUAUGUCGUCGAAUCGCCUAAAAUUUUAUGACUUACGAAUUUAUUAUCGAGAGAAAUAAGGGAGAAAAUAUCGAAAUCGUGAACAGAUCACUGUUGAACCACCUCUGUAUAUAUAAUAAAAAAUAUGUUCUGUAUAAUUAUGAGUGUAAUUGAAAUAUGUAACCUAUUUUCAAUGACAUCAGAAACAGAUAAUUUGUUCAUUUUCGUAUUUUUGAUUCUUUAUUUUAUCGAUUGCUCCUAUAUUAAGUCUUUGGCGAUGAAUCGAUUGAAGGUCUAAAAUUCGACACAGCGAUAUGCGUCACGCAAUAUGUACAUAAGGACAAUCCUAAGCUUUAUUAAAUAGAAGUGUUUUAACAUUUUUGUUCAACAGUUUCAUAUUUAACGACAGUGUAUUCCAGGAAUUUGUUACAUUUUAGUUUUAUUGUUCAGCGAACUAAGGAAUGUGAAAAAAGGAGUUAUAAUAUGUACUUGGACUGAAACUCGGUAUGUUUUACAGUUCUCUGAGCAUUUUACGUUUUGAACAGCCAUUUAUGUUUAUUUUGUAACUAUAUUAGUUUUUUUUAUAUUUAUUAAUUGUUUAAUAAAUACUUUAUUUAUUUCAACCGUU